AUGCCUAUCAGGAGUGUUUGGAUCGUUACUGUAGCCGUACAGUUGUUUUCAAUGUUAACAUUUUUCAGUUUCUGGAUUCAUCCAGGAAGUGAAGGACAUGCCAAGAAGCAAACUUUAGAGCUAUUUAAGCCGAUGUAUUCAGAACGCUUGGAUCCACCAUUACUGAAAACUGGGUACUGUAAUCAUGAUUUGCCACGUGAUCCGUUGGCAACAAAAUGCCUGCCGAGUCCAAAUUUAGACGGCACGUGUUCCAUAUACAUCAAAGGCGCCAAAAAGCUAAUCCAACCACUGAGGUUUAAUCCUACCGGAAGUAGAAAAUAUCCUGAAUGUAAACUCACAGAAUUAGUUAAAAAAUGCGACACGCUUCGAACUGCACAUAAAUACACUGUUGACGGAAUAGCUAAAGAAGAAAGGGAGUUUCCUUUGGCAUUCUCAAUCAAGCUUCACAGAGAUCCGGAACAAGUAGAACAGCUACUCAGGACUAUAUACAGACCGCAUAAUGUUUAUUGUUUAUAUAUAGAUGGGAAGGCCCAUCACAUUGUCUAUAACCUCAUACUGAAUAUCAGCAGAUGUUUUCCGAAUGUGCACGUCAUCAGGGACCGCGUCAAUGUCAUAUACGCCAGUUCCGCGCAUGUGGUAAGUGAAAUGCAAUGCAUGCGCAAAUGCACAGAGUCCGGAGUAAAAUGGAAAUAUUAUAUAAACCUUACGGGACAAGAAUUUCCUCUUAAAACAAAUUUAGAAAUUGUAAGAAUUCUAAAGUCUUUAAAUGGUGCUAAUGAUAUCGAAUCAUACAAUCACCCAGUGCUGCAAAAAUGGAGAUUCCAAAAGAAGUAUAAAUUGACAAGAACUAGUAAUGUGGAGACGACUGAGGACAAGGAACCAUUUAAAUACAAACUACAGCUUAGUAAAGGAAGUGCUUAUGGGUCAUUCUCUAGAAAUUUUGUGGAUUUCAUUCUAAAUGACGACGUUGCACAAGAAUUCAUUGCUUGGUUAAACAACACUUACUCACCAGAAGAAAACGUUUGGGCGACUCUUAACACGUUGCCAUGGGCACCUGGAGGUUACGAAAUGGAAAUACGUCACACUUUUGGUAAUUUCCUGUCACGUGCAAUUAUUUGGGAAAAUGAUAAAGUUUCAUGCGAAGGUCGGUAUAUUCGAGGUGUAUGUGUCUUUGGUAGAAAAGAUUUGACUUGGCUCACAAGCAGGCCGCAGCUUUUUGCAAAUAAAUUCAAUUAUAAAAUGGAUAAUACUGCCAUAGAUUGUCUGGAAGAUAUUAUUCGUAACAGAACAUUGUUAAAUAAUAUGGACAGUUUAAACUGGUAUUACUACAGAAACCUUCCUCAUGCAAAAUACUACUCGGCUCAUAGUAAAGAUGUCAUGUUGCACGAGAGCCGAGGUAAAAAGGAACAAUGGUUACUCGCACAAGCAUCAAAGAAAAAUAAUGACGUGGAUUUACCGAUAAGAAAAGAGAAAUCCAACACCCUGCAUGUACUAGGCGGCACUAUGACAAUGUACAAAGUUCGCGGUGAAGUGUUGUAA